AUGGCAGUAUGGGCAUAUAGGAUCACUUUUAAAAAGACUAUAAGAACAUCCCCUUUUGAUAUGGUAUAUGGAUCCAAGGCAAGAAUGCCAAUAAACAAUCUACUGCAUUUGUACAAGUUCAUACAUGAGAACAACCUGGAGAUGUCAGAUCCACUGGAAGAGAGGAUGGCGACACUUGUAAAAUUAGAUGAAAGUAGAGAAGAUUCUCAUAGGAAGAACCUGGAGCUGCAACAAAAAAAGAAGAAUGGUGAGGAUUCACACUUCCUCACUGAUAUGAAUGGUGAAAUGCAGGAAUUGCUAGUGCAUGGACAGUUCCUUAAGCAUUUAUUUGCUUGA